AUGGCGUCCUCUUUGGGGUCGGCUUUUCGCUCCUUCUGGCAUACAAUGACCUCCAAUGACAGACACGCCUCCCACGAUUCUCCCUAUCGAACCGGCCAACACGUUCCUCUUAGCCAAAACCGCAAUGCUCCCCUCACCUCCAUAGCUACAAGCGCUCUCGAAUCUCGUCCGGAUCUGACCUUCUUCGAAGACGAUCCCGCUAAGCGGUCCUCCAGCCCAGGAUGGUCAGGUUCACAAGGAGGAGUUACCUCUCCCGUUAGACCGUACUCGCCAGGCAUGAGGUCGUUAUCCUCCCAACACAGAAGGUCAAACGAACUCAAUAGCCCAGAUGGUGUUGCUACAGAAAUACAAAUGCAAAGUUUCCAUGACGGCGCCCCGCCCCCUCCGCCUGUUUCGCAUUCUUGGAGAAAGAUCGAUCGAUGGGCGGAAACACACUACGAAGAACUUUACGAUCAAUUGGGUGAAGGGUGUACGCAGAAUGAUGUAAAUGAACUGGAACAUGAAUUGGACUGCACUCUGCCACUCGAGGUUCGGGAAUCUCUACAAAUUCACGACGGACAAGAACGUGGCGGAAGGCCAACGGGUAUCAUUUUCGGCUGCAUGUUACUCGACUGCGAGGAAAUCGUUCAGGAAUGGAGAAAUUGGAGGACCGUGAAUGAAGAAUUUCUCAGUACCUCGUCUUUCCCCCCUCUCCAGCAACCCACGAAAGCUUUUGGCGGAAGCUCCGCCCCUUCCUCCUCAUCAGCACCUCCGCCACCACCGGCGCAAACGGGCCCCAACCCGUUAUGGAGACAGGAAUUGCUGGACAAACAGGACUCACAGCCACCAAAGGCCAUACAGAAAGCAUAUGCCCAUCCCAGCUGGAUCCCUCUGGCUCGUGACUGGGGUGGAAACAACAUUGCCGUCGACUUAGCCCCAGGGCCUGCGGGCAAAUGGGGCCAGGUUAUUAUCUUUGGCCGUGACUAUGACUGCAAAUACGUGGUUGCAAGAUCAUGGGCUGGAUUUCUGGCCAUUGUUGCUGACGAUCUAUGUUCCCCAAAAUCCUUCGUGGACGACGACUCUGGCGAGCUCAAGCUGAAACAAUUUAAGCAACCGGGUGUUGAACCCCCUUACCUCGAAAUUCUACGAUGGCGCACAGAUCAAAAGUACGGCCGGAGACCUCCGCGGAGAAAGACCCCGAACGGGCUCGGGGUGAAUACCGGUGUGAAUGGAAACAGAGAUUCUCCUUACGGAAGCCCAACAGCAGCUGCCAGCGGCGACGAACGCGGACGUUCUCCCCAUCGAUUCCCCUCCCGAGGACCAAACGCAAGUCCGAAAAACGCAUUUGGGGUCUCGAGCCCUCUUGCCCGAGUCACGGAAGAAACGACCUCGCCAGUGAGCCCGGGUGACAGUAAUAAGAACCACAACAACAACAAAAUCGAUGGUUCCGCCUCGGUGAAUGCAGAUGCGGCCAAGAAGGCGGAUAGUCUUGUCGAUGCGGCCUCUUUUACUACAACAACAACGACAGCAGCAACAUCGAUGACAGACACGUCGAAGAGCGACCUUAUCCCCACCGAACCCGCAGAUACUGACCCUUCUCCUGCUCCAUCGAAAGAGAAAGAGAAGGAAAAGAGCAAGCGCCGAAGUAACCUGACGAGCCCGGACGCUAAUGCUUUGGAAGGGAUGAAGAGUAUUGCCAUCUAA